UGCUUUGGUUUAAGAACAGACUUCCAGAAUGGAUUAAGUUCAUAAACCAAGGUACCACUGUACUGGAAAACUGAACAUCACACUCCAUGCAUCUGGGCCAUGAAAGUUUUGUCCAUAUCAAAUAGUUAUUCAGGAUGUAUCCAGUGCUAGCCCUGCUCAGACUCACGGAAAUUAAUGAACCUAAGUUAGUCGUUAAUUCCUCUGGAAUAAUUCUGACCACUCAAAAGAGCCCUCAUUCUAGCACAGCCUUAUCCCACAACCUCAGAUCACAAGGCAACUCCACAGGAUUCAAAAUACCCAGCAACAGAAGAUUGGCCUGCUCUCCUGGGCGGCAUUAGAUAAGGACUUAAUGCCUUCUGGCUAUCACAUUCAGACUUUCUCAGCUACUUUCUCUCUUUUAACUCAAGGAAUUAACACCCGCUUCCCUUUUGAAAUGCUGUAGUUCAUGGACACACCAUGUCUUCUCAGUACCCUCCAAGUCUCCGUAUUCGUCUGCCUGGGCUCAUUUUCUUUUUGGAAGCUGCUUUCAUCCUUAUAUUUUUCUUUUUCUUUUCAUAUGACCAUCAAAGUGUUCAAGAAGACCUUGCACUCUACCCAGCAUUUCGAGAUGUCUACAUCAUGGUGGUCUUGGGCUUCGCCUUCCUCCUGGCCUUCCUGAGAAGAUACGGCUUCAGCAGCACUGGAUUCAGCCUUUUCCUUGCAGCCCUUGGAGUACAGUGGGCUUUGAUCGUGAAUGGCUUCAUUUUCCAUUUCUCAGAUGGGCAAGUGAAGAUAAAUCUGCAAAGCAUAUUGGCAGCCAUUAUGAGUAAUACAGCGGUGCUGAUUUCAGCUGGCGCGAUCCUCGGCAAAGCCAACCUGAUGCAGUUAAUCUGCAUGGCUAUGGUGGAGGUGGCUGUUUUCGCUGGGAACAGAUGGAUCAUUGUGGAUGUUCUGGGGAUUAAGAGCCACAUCAGCUUGAUGCAUGUUCAUUUGUUUGGGGCAUUUUUUGGCUCCACUGUCUCCUGGGUCCUCUACAAUUCGUCACUGCACCCAAAAGUUGAGAAAGAAAGAUCAAAGCCUGCCUCUGAUGUGUUUGCAAUGCUGGGUACUCUCUUCCUUUGGACGUUCUGGCCCAGCUUCAAUUCUGUGUUGGUAGAGAAUGAAGAGGAAAAAAUGGUUGCCAUUUACAACACCUAUUUUGCAAUGGCUACAAGUGCUGUGGCCGCAUUUGCAGUCUCAAAGGCUACCAGUAGUAAUGGGACGUUCCACAUGGCCCACAUCCAGAAUGCUACUCUGGCUGGUGGGGUUGCCGUUGGCUUCUCAGUUUCCCUCAUCCAAUACCCUUGGAUUGCGAUGACUUUAGGUCUGGCAGCUGGGGCAGGCUCUGUACUUGGCUUUGCCUUUUUACAGAAGCGCCUGGAACCAGCACUCAGGAUUCAUGAUACCUGUGGAGUUCUUUACACAUUUGGCCUGCCCAGUUUGAUUGGAGGGAUCACCCGCAUUAUUCUUAUCCUAAUAGACAGCCAGGAAGACCUAGAAGGAAUGGGUUAUUUGGCUUUGACUGAACUUGGUGCAUCCUGCGCGAUCAUUUCCCUGGGUCUGAUAGCUGGACUCAUUACAGGUUUCUUACUAACUUUUGAAUUCUGGAAAACACCUCCUAUAACAAAGUAUUUUGAUGAUCAAGCUUUUUGGGAGUUUCCACAUUUAGCUGCUGGAUAUUGAAUACAGGCAUCAAGACUGCAGUAAACUAGUUGUGGAAGAUUUUGUCGAUCUGCCAUUAAAGCCAUCAGAAGUUGUG